CAUAUACGCUGCGUGGCUGGGGUUGUUGGUUCGCCCUCAUCGGGUGUUCGUGACGGAGCUGGUCGAUCGAGCAGCCGAGUUGUUGGGAGAAUGCUCAAGUGUUUUGGGAAUGAAAAUUCUCAUGCGUUUUCUGGUGGAGUUGGCAAAUUGUCGGUGUGUGCUGUUGGAAUCGGUUUUGGCGGCGAUGCAGGAGUUGGUGGACUUGGGUAAAAAUGAGGAUGUCCGAAAUUCGGAAAUGUCGGUUUAUAUCACCAUGCAUGGUUUGCUGGUGUUGAGCGCGGAGCUGUAUAAAGAAAAUAAGGAGGCGAUUGACAAGCUGAUCGAUUUGGGGAUAAAAAUUCACGAGGAGAGAAGUGAAAGGCGUGGAAAAUUGGCAGCCUGCGUGGCGGCGUCUUCUGAGUUUGUGAGUGAGGACGACUUUGAUCGGCUUGUGGAGGCUGUGGUAUCGAUGAGAAAACAGGUCUGGGAGGCUGUGGCGAGCGGGGAGGAAAGUCCGGUUUUGUUGAGGCCGUAUGAGAUGUCGGGCCUGGCGCCCAAGUUGGCUGUGAAUCAACCGGAGCACAUGCUGGAGGUUCCUAACAUUGAGUGGAAAAUGGAGAGGCUUGAUUCUCUUCCUCGUUGCUUCCCGUUUCGUAUCCCUCUGACCUCAGCCCGUCAUAAUGGCGAGGAGGUUGCUGGCAAGUGUCUGUCACUGCAUGACACCUACAUAUUGGACACUCUGUUUGACGAGAUUAUGACGGCAUUCGAUAAACAUGUUGGAGAGUGCGCCAAGCAGCUGCUAAAGGUUCCUGUCAUGUCGGAAGACUUCCUCCCGAGAUUGGUUGAUAGUAUGUUUAACCGUCUAGUGCGGCCGUAUGCUAUGGAUCGUAUACAAGAGCCCCCUAAACUCUUCUUCACUCGCCUUAUACACAGUGUUAUGGCGUUACAGUCGAGCACUAAGCCACUCAUUGAGGAGGCGUUGAAGUUGUUGAUAUCUGGACCGAAGCCUUUGGUGGAUGCAGGAUCGGAUAUACGUAUGGAAAUGGCUCUGGCGGACUUCUUUGCGAUGCAUUUGAUCAACUCGGACUAUAAGUGGGAAUUUGAUAUCGACCCGAAUAGUCCCACCAGACAGUCCCAAGGCCUUCUGCGUGCGGGCAUUGCGGCAUUGCUACGGCUAAGCUUUCAUCAGAAUCUACUGGCACAUCUUCCUGACACACUUGAACCUAAGAUUCUCCAGGUACAUUCCCUGAUACCACCGGAACCGAGAGUUAAUAAUAAGUCUGUAUUCGAAUUCUUCCGCUUUUAUCCGGUUCGUCUGGCGUGCACUUUUGCUGCGCUCCUGGACCAGGAGUUUGUAACGGCGACUGCUGUUGGAAAGUAUAUACUGUUGAAAUCGGAGGGCGGCCUCAGGGAAGGUUAUGAUGGUAUGGUUCAAGAGGACGGUAGGGCACAGGAUUUGCAGAAACAGUUGGAGAGAGCUCAGCAGACGUUGGUGGAAGUAUUCAAUUCGGCAGUAGCUGAUCUCAUCGCGGCUUAUAACGGACUAGAUGUGGAUGAAUCUUUCGACGAUAUGAGACAAACUUUGGUGGAGUUGUUGUUGGACGUUUGCCGGAGCAAUCUGGCUCUCCUGCCCAGUCUGCAAACUGCAACUGUGGAUACGCCUCCUGAGAUGAAGACGGUCAUUAGCAAUGUUGAGAUUCUUGUUUAA